GCCUCCAAAGGCAGCGAAAUGUCUGGCUGACUGACUGACUGAUGGACGGUAAAGCACCUGAAAGCUGCUGUGUGGAUGGUAAUGCGAACGCGAUGGAAGGUACUACUUCGUGGUUGAGCUAUGGCAGAGGGAGCACCUGGCCAAAGUGCCCAUGGAGGAGCUUUUGGAGGUGGUGGCAGAGGGAGUAUGACAACAACGUGAAGGUAGCAGUUCCUACGUCCUAUCCAUAGCCCAUACCUCUCCUCACGGUUACGUAUGGAAGGAAAGACUCCAGUGCAUAGUCGUGCCACAAAGACACACCAGCAGACCUGUGAAUAGAGAGAGGACCGAGGAGGACCCCUCAAUCCAUUACAGUACAGAGCAUGGAUGGUGGUGGGUACUACUAGUCUACUACUCUACGCACACAUGCGAGAACUACGAGGAUGGAACACGUACAGAACGCCGCUUCUUCUCUGACUCAGUUGCUUAUACACAAGAGAGACGAGAGCUUCAUCGGGAAUAGUCAUCAUAGCCCUCUCGAUAUGUAAAAAAAUGUGAACAAAAGAACACCGAAAAGUGAUUGAAGAAGACGAAUACCUGACUGUCGGAAAUUAAUCAGUGUCUCAACAAAGUGUCGAAAGGUUUCGAAGAACUCUCUGACUCAUUCUACUCUCGAAAAGUAUACAAACCAACACAGUUGAGCAAGCGCAAUCAACCAUCAAAUAUCGCCAAUAAGUGACAAAGGUGUGACGUGGGCUGGUUCCAGUCUCUGUUCAAGUUUGGAGGACCAUGAUGACUAGGGUGAUCUCCCUUCUCUUCGCAUCAUCUCCCGUUUAUGAUUUGUCGCUGAAGAAACGCUUGUCAGAGUGUGUGUGCCAGCAGCAAUCAUGUUAAUUCCUUCCACGAGUUGCGUUUGAACAAUGCUUUGAGAGAAAAUUCCAUUGUUCAAAGAGUUGUUUGGCAUCUUUCACUUUCUCCCGUCUCGGCAUUGCUUCUCCACUCACUCCUGGCGACCAUUCCACCUCCUCCUCCUCCUUCUCCUAUUCUCUUCCUCCUCCCACCAACCCUCCUCACGAUCCCCAUGAGAAAGAAACAAGAAAGAUAUGAGAAAAGAAACUGAAGAGCGACAUCGGUACAGAUCGCCAACUCGACUAGAGUCCGCACACACAUAUCCAUCCAUCCAUUUGCCAACCAAGAAGUGGUAGCAGUUGACGUGAAUUGGCCGGCGAAGACGGAGACGCUCACCGCGAAAGAGGCAGCAGACAACUUAACGAGCUGAGAGGGGCCAAAAUCGUGAAGAGUGAACGAACUAAAAGCUUGUUCGGAGCUCUUCAGGGAAAUCGAGCUCUUUAGCAAAAUCCUCGUCUAUUCCACCCCACGCUCCAGCCAAGCAACCACCAUCUCAAAUGACGACGAGCUGACGAGUCUUCUUGGACAACACAUUUGUGGGCCAAUAUCUCUCUCUCCCCUGAGCAACAUAUGAUUAGUGUUUCGUGAACGUGGAGCCACUACAGAUAAAUGCAACUUUUGUUUGUCCCUAAAGGGGAGCAGAAGUCGACAGAGAGCGAAUAAAUGGACUGAAGUGCUAGAUAGUGGAAGGUGAACUCAGCCACAGAGGACCACCUCAUAUGCAGUUUUUGUGUUCGUCGUUCAAAACCCCACUACAUGUCCAUCGAAGAAGAGCUGGGACCUCAAGACGGAACACACAAAGGGUAGCCUUAUCAGCUAAUGCUCACUUAAGCCCAUUAUUAGUUGGUGAGGGAGGGAACAUAUUCAAAUUGAGUUUGACGACCAAAGAGGGAGGGCGACGGGGACGAGGAAGACCUCGUUUCCAUGGAAUGAAUUGAUUGAACCUGACGAGAAGAAAAACCGAGGCUGAAAAGCCGAGAGUAAAUGACUAGCAUGCAAAAGCUAGCCCCCACACAAUUGGCGCUCCUGCAAAGGAGGAGGAGGAGGCCUUCAGCCUCAACUUCGAGGACGACCUUCCUCUUGGCAGUGAUUGCUUUCAUAGCCCUCUUAUUAGGGGAGAAUUUUCAAUUUGGUUGCUGCGGUUACACCACCAGUCGGAUUUAUAUCGAACCCGAUGGGGGCUAUUCUGGCAUAGCCAUUCGCAUUCAAGACUCCGUUCCCGAGGAGAGGUGUGCAGAAGUCCUCAGAAACUUGAAGGUUGUGCUCUCAAGUGCGUCCAAACGGCUUCAUCAAGCCUUGGACGAGCGAGCCUAUUUCAAAGAUAUCACGGUCAUUGUGCCAAGAAAUUGGCGUGACUCCACAUGUCAGACCCCAAUUGCGGCACCAAUGGGUGGAUCCACAUUUGUGGAUCCAGACAUUCUUGUGGGCAAGGAUGACCCUAUUCAUGGUCACAGCAUAUUCACUCAACAGAGUCGGAGUUGUGGCCAACGAGGCGACUUCAUGUUCGUGCCUUACCUGUUCCUCACCAGUCUCAAUGACACUUGGAGCACAUGGGGUGAUCCAGGCAAGACUUUUGUUCACGAGUGGAGUAAACUUCGUUAUGGGGUAUUCGAUGAAUAUGGUUUUGUCGACGACCCACUUUACCCUAACUACUAUAAGGUGCAAGGGGCUAUUAUUCCAACUGGAACUAGCAAUGUUCCCGUCAGUGGGUCGUGGAGAGACCCAUCAGGAGCAGAGGGUUGCGACCCCACCACAAAAUCGUGCUUCUUCCAACCCGACCUAGGGGCGAACGAUCAAGUGACAUGUUCCCUAGGGACCUAUCCAUUCCUCCCUAAGGUGUCAAGGUAUUGCACCGUCAAGGAGGCAUUAAGUGGUUCGCAUGGCACACUCCCACCCACCAAACAUAACGCCUUGUGUCAGGGACGAAGUGCUUUGGAUGUGAUUUACCAGAACGAUGACUUUUAUAACAAGGACUUGGGCCGAAAUGGGGGUGGUGGGGGGCCAAAAAUCCCCGAGCCUAAAUUCACAGUAGUGAGAGACCCUCAAACGAGCUACGUGUUGUUGAUGGAUGCCUCGUCAUCCAUGAUUCAUAACGAUGUGUGGCGGUGGGUGAGCAAAGCCGCUCAGAAAUUCAUUCGCUAUGAUCUCAAUCGUGGAGCUCGGAUGGCUCUAGUCAGCUUUAGUGAUAGUGCUGUGGUGGCCCAUCCUAUGAUCACUCUGGAGGAUGACAAAUCUCGACGUCGACUCUCGGACACCAUUCCUGACAAGUACAAAGUCCAGCGAAAUUCCGACAAGCGUUGCGUGAUUUGUGGUAUUCAAACAGCUUUACGCUCAGUGCUAAGAGGUUCAGAAGCCGGUGCUCAUAUCAUCCUCGUUUCCAAGGGAGAUAAUCUCACUCUUAGCCUCACCGAUGAGAAUACGAUCCUCGAACAUGCUCGCACUUACAACAUCAAAUUCUCUAAUAUUCUCGUCCCGGGGCGCCAUCCCGCUCUCUCGUUCUACGAUCUGGCCUCCAAGACCUCAGGGGGAAAGGCUUUUGUGUUUCCAAGCCCUGAAAGGCGGGAUGCCGGGGCCAGAUUCUAUGCUCAACUGAUCAGCGCUUUCCAAGAGGUCCUUCGAUUGGACUCGGAAUCACCGUCGGAAAUUCCCGUUAGAGUCCAUACCGAAUUGGCGUUUCGAACGAAUCCCCUGCUAACAAGGGGGAAGUUUACCAUUGACACAACAUUGGGACGAUCCUCUCAAUUUGGAAUCUUGGUCAACGACGCGGACGAUCAUUUCAUGAAGUCUGUCACAUUUUUCGACAAAGAAGGGCAAACAUUUGGCCCGUACAAUAGCUUCUCCAGUGAUUUCAACGUCAUCAACUUGAAAACAAUCAAUUUUCCCCAUGACACAACAAGUCCUCCAUUUGACGACCCCGCUCAUCUUGGGAUGACUUGGCAAUACACGCUUGAAUGGUAUCCUGGAGGAGAUACGAGCCAAGAAAAUGUCAUCCUUGUCGAAUCCAAGCCCAGAAGCCUGGGAUCGUUUGGCCUCAUUGACAUCAAAAUGUGGACCAACAGCGACUCGGCUAGUGAUCUCGUCACCUACAACCACCCGCUCACCAUGUACGUCCAAGUGAGACGUGGAGACAGUCCCGUCCUUCAAGCCAAUGUCUUGGUUGAUGUGUAUAUGGAUACGGAAAAUGGGACCCAGAUCGAAGUGAGCCGGGGCAUUCGCCUCUUCGAUAGCGGUAAUGGAGACCCUGAUCUGGUUGGCGGCGAUGGAAUCUACAGUCGAUACUUAACGACUUAUGAGACCAAAGGUCGCUAUUACUUCGUCAUCAAUGCGGAUGACAAUGAGAAUCGAGCCUACACGAUUCAAAGAAGGCGAGAAAAACGUGCCAUGACGAUGAAACCGCCCAAUCUUCUGUAUCCAGUGUGUUGUGGGAGUCAAAUCAGUGUCCCAGACGGAUCCCAAAUGAGAACCGGCUCGUUCAAAAGACAAGAAAGUGGCCCAGUUCUUCACCUCAUCUCGGUUCCAGAUAAAGCCAGUGACAAAAUGCCUCCCUCGAGAAUCGUGAAUCUUCGCCUGAACAUCAUUGAGGACGAGCGCAAAGUCACCGCUUUGUGGACCGCUCCUGGAGACGACUUCGACUCGGGCUCUGUCCAGAGAUACAAACUCAUGUUCAGCGAAAACGUGGAAGAUCUCAUCGAUCCCGAACGACAAGCCACGAUUAUUCACUCUGUGGAUGGACGCGAGGACGAAAGUGGAACGUCGCAACAAUAUCGCUUCACUUUUGACCAUUUUGAUGUGGACUACCACGUGGCCAUGUUUGCCAUUGAUGACAUGGGCAAUCAAGGCAAUAUCUCAAACAUUGCUCAGAUUCACAUGCCCAAACCAGAAUCGUACAUCGAGGACAGUCAGAACGCUCCGAUUCAAACCGACAACGAAGAGACCGACUGGUCCCUGAUAGGAAUCAUCAUCGGUGUGGUCCUGACUUUGCUGAUUCUUCUAAUAGUGGGAUGCUAUCUGUAUUUCCUCAUGGCUCACCGAAGAAGUCACUACGGAGCCAAGGCGGGCAAAUCCAAAUCGAGUGGUGUCAAUGCUAACAUGAGGCAUCCAGAUGUAUCGGACUCGGGUAGCACCGAGUCCGAGUCUAAGAAUACGAGUUCCCAUCAUCUUGUUCCUCAAAUCAAUACGAUCAGCAAUGCUUACAAGAAGCAACUCCAAGUGUUGGAGAGCAAUGGCCCCGCCAAGAAGGACAGUGCGGCUGAGAUCACACCCACAUAUUGGAGUGCGUCGCAGCUCCUCAAGGAGCACGAGGAGAGACAACGUCGCGAGUCCACUCUUAAUCGAGAUGGUUCCACCCUAUAUUCUCAUCCCAUUCCUGAAUUGAACGAGUCCAUGGACGCGACCUAUCAAGAGGAUCCGUAUGGAACUCAUGCUCAAAACGGAUACUACAAUGCCGCCAUGGAUCCGGGCAUAUAUCACCCUGGUUAUUCAACCAACCAAAGAUUGAGCACGAGCGACUCCGUUCAAGGCUAUCCACCCCUAUUGCCUCUCUACGGAGAUGGCAAAGAGAAUGGAGCCAAUGGUAAUCCAGAAGGGAUCUACUACGGUCACAAUAAUAACCAGCAACAACAGCAACAACAGCAGCAGCAGCAGCAGCAUCAGCUCCACCAGUCAAAUAUGAACCAUGCUCUUUUGCCCAGAGCGAGUGAUCCAGAAUCGAACACAGUGGGUUUCAGCCAUCACAGUCGACAAGGAUCUCUAUUGUCAGUGAGUAGUGGGCGCCCAGGUUCGACCCUCUCCAAGGCUCGAAACAUAACUCAAGUCUAGUUAACAGCAUUAGCUUUAACCAUCUCUCGAACAUGCAAAAAUCGUGAGUGUUCAUUUUCAUUCGUUCACUCGCUUGUUGGUUCGUUCAAACGCUCCUGCCUGGUGAUAUAAUGAGUCCUGUGGAAAGGGACUCUUCCUUUUUUCCUUUUAUCUCCGCUUGUUACCAAAGAUUUUUCGAUCAUUGUCUUCUUUUGGGAGGCCUACCCACCUAGACAGGGCCGUAUGCAUCAUGUGUGAUGGUAUUCACGUUUAAAAACUGCAAACUCUCGCAGCACGCAAAAUGUAGAUUUUUUAGCCAGAUAUGUCAAAUGUGAACUUCAUCUUCCAUCAUUUUGUACACAAUGGCCGCCCCAACAAGGCUUCUUCUUCUUCUACUUCCCCAUAAGAAAUCUGAGCUUCUAAAGAAACCUGUCAAAGGCCAAUUAUUGCGUGCUACUACUGCUGCCGCUACAUUGUACUACAUACUUCAUUGCAUCAGUCUCGCUUGAAAGAGAUCCUCUUCAAAAAUGCAAACUACGCCUACAAGCUUUAACUCGUGAGUGUUCUUUUUGUCUUUUUUUUAAUUGCAUCAAAUCUUCAUUCUUACAUUGUUGUUCAACUUUCAGGGUCUAUUAGAUUGUACAGAAGUAGGUAAUAUGCUUAGAAAGUACUUUUUAACUAACAUGUGCUAGUCCAAUCUCUCACUCAAUGACGACACUUCUUUCUCUGAGGCCUCACGUUCGUCUCGAAUUUUGGGAUCGAUCGUGAGUUGUUAAACCAAGUUUCUCAAACUGCCUAAUCUCAAACGAUUCUCUAUCUCCCAAUUCCCCCUAAUCUCGUUCUCUUCUGCCUGAUUUGAUUCAGAACCAACUCUCUUUCUUGGUUUAACAUUUCCUUGGAGGCGCAUUCAAAGAAGCAGUGAGAAUGGAUGAUCGAAAGAACGAGAGAGAAAGAUAAUAAUGGCAAUAAAUUGGGGGGAAAAUACGGUGAAGCCUCUCAAACGAACGCAUAAACGAGGAGUAGAUCUCGCAGUAAAAACUUGAUUUACACAACGCAUGCGCUCGUUCAUUGACAAUGAAUUCAAAUGCAUUAAAAAUCUAGCAAACACCAUCAAAAUGGAUAAUAAUGCGAAGAGGGCGAGAGUGGAGAGCAAAAAAAUGGCCUCCACUUACGUGGGACAUACCACACAGGGUUCUUGUUUCGUGUGGGAUUUUGCAAGGAUUCUUACAAUAAGAACCCCGGUCUUCGUCAACAACUCCCCUUUUUCCCCAACUCUAAUAUACAAUGUAAUCCUUUGUGUUGUUCAAGAUUGUCUAACGAAUGACGAUUGUGCUGUCAUUUGUGUAUCUCAAUAACGAUAAAUAUGUAAUGGCUGUGACGAAUAAAAAAUGACUCGAUUUUCA